CCCAAUAGCAGUUUUUGAACUAGGGCCUCAUCCCUUAAAAUGCUACGGAGUAUAGAAAUGUAAAGUUUGACACUUUGACUUGGGUCUUCACGUUGAAGUCAAACGUUCAAAUGGGGAGUUGCAACAGUGUACCUUAUGCCACCACUUCCGCCGGCAGUCGCACAAACACCGAGCCGCCGCCGCCGCCAAAAAAUGGAAUCGUCGUUCUCCCGCCCUCCCAGUCUCCUCCACCGCGCCCUUUCCUCUCCGGCAUCGGUCGCGUGCUCGGCCGGCCAAUGGAGGACGUUCGCUCACUUUACAUUUUUGGUGGCGAGCUAGGUCGGGGCCAAUUCGGAGUCACCUACCUGGUGACCCACCGCAGAACGCAGGAGAAGUUCGCUUGCAAGUCAAUCGCCACCCGCAAGCUCCUCUCCAACGACGACGUCGACGAUGUCCGCCGCGAGGUCCAGAUCAUGCACCACCUCACCGGCCACCGCAACAUCGUCGAGCUUAAGGGAACUUUCGAGGAUCGCAACCACGUCCAUCUAGUCAUGGAGCUUUGCGCCGGUGGCGAGCUCUUCGAUCGGAUCAUCGCGAAGGGCCACUACUCGGAACGCGCUGCCGCAGGACUCUGCCGCCAGAUGGUUACGGUGCUGCACUACUGUCACUCUAUGGGGGUUAUGCACAGGGAUUUGAAGCCUGAGAAUUUCUUAUUCUUGAGCUCAGAUGAGAACGCGCCAUUGAAGGCUACCGAUUUUGGCUUGUCAGUCUUCUUCAGACCUGGAGAAAUCUUCAAAGACCUUGUUGGCAGUGCAUAUUAUGUGGCCCCUGAAGUUCUCCGUCGGAAUUAUGGACUUGAAGCUGAUAUUUGGAGUGCUGGAGUGAUAUUGUAUAUCUUACUCAGCGGUGUUCCCCCAUUUUGGGGAGAGAAUGAACAGGGCAUCUUCGAUGCUAUUCUUCGCGGACAUCUUGAUUUUUCAUCCGAUCCUUGGCCAUCAAUAUCUAGUAGUGCUAAAGAUCUUGUUAAGAAGAUGUUGCGAUCUGAUCCAAAAGAAAGAUUUUCUGCUAGUGAAGUCCUGAAUCAUCCCUGGAUGAGAGAAGAUGGUGAUGCAUCUGACAAGCCUCUUGAUAUUGCUGUCUUAACCAGGAUGAAACAGUUCCGUGCCAUGAACAAGCUCAAGAAAGUAGCUCUUAAGGUAAUUGCUGAAAAUCUUUCCGAAGAAGAAAUCAUUGGCUUGAAGGAAAUGUUCAAAUCAAUAGACACAGAUGACAGUGGCACAAUUACUUACGAAGAACUGAAAGUUGGACUUACUAAAAUGGGUACUAAGCUCUCGGAGUCAGAAGUGAGGCAAUUGAUGGAAGCGGCUGAUGUUGAUGGGAAUGGUACUAUCGAUUAUCUUGAGUUCAUAACAGCUACUAUGCAUAUGAACCGUAUGGAAAAAGAGGACCAUUUAUACAAGGCUUUUGAGUACUUUGACAAGGACAAGAGCGGGUAUAUUACGAUGGAAGAGUUGGUACAUGCCCUGAAGAAACACAAUAUUACUGAUGAGAAAACGAUUAAGGAGAUCAUCGCAGAAGUUGACACAGACAACGAUGGGAGAAUCAAUUAUGAUGAGUUUGUGGCCAUGAUGAGGAAAGGCAAUCCAGACUUGGUCACUCAUAGGCGGCGAAGAUGAAACCGAAUACGAAUAUAUAUUUUUCAUGUCAAAAGGUAAUGUGCAGCUAAGAUUGAGUUUGUUUGGUGUUCAGCCAUCUGGAAUAUAAUGUACAUGGUUUUGUGUACCCAUCCCACGUACAUAUCUUUGUUUAUGUAGAGCAUCAACUAUGUUUGGUUGCUCAAUUGCUUUCUUUGAGAGGUUUACUUCUAAAACAUUCAGAUAUAGGAAAUAUUACUGGGGAAAGUAGGCCUGUGAAGCAUAUACUGUAAGCCUGGAAACAGGGAAGCAGGUGAACAUAUAACUUCAUGGGUAUAUCACUGCAGUCAAUCAGCGAGGGAUUAAAUACAAAUGCCACAU